AUGCCUUUACCGUCGAGUCGCAUGACCAAGCAGCCUGCGCGGCCCACACGAUAUUUCCCCGGCAAAGCGCUUGCAGAAGAUGCGCCAUCAGACGACGAAUCCGAUGAAGAGGCAGAGGAGGAGGAGCAACAAAAAGCACCCAAAGCACCAGCACCUAAAGCGACUUCAUUUCCGAAGAAACUUGCCGUAGAUCUCAGCAAACCCAUCAUCUCAGCUUCUACCCCUGCGCCCAAACCAGAAGAUGAUCUAGAAGGUUUCGUGACUGCAUCUGAGUCCUCGGAAGAUGAAGGAGAUGCAGCCAAAGCCGGUAGUGGGUCUGGAGAGGACGAGUCGGAGGAGGAAGAUAGUUCAGAGGAGGAAAGUAGCUCCGACGAUGAACCCAAACGACCUAUGCUGGCUCCCAAAUUCAUCUCCAAGGCCAAGCGUGCUCAACAAGCAUCUGCAACACCCGAGGUCACAGUCAAGGACGAGGAGCGCAUACGCAAAGAGAAGGCUGAUGCCUUACUACAGGCGCAGAUAGAAAAGGACAUUGCAUUGCGGGCUAUGGGAAAGAAGAAUUGGGACGAUGAUGAUAUCGAAGACGAGGUGGACGAUACAGAUGAUCUGGAUAUUGAGGCAGAGCGUGCAGCCUGGAAACUUCGCGAGCUCAAACGAGUGAAGAGAGAUCGGGAAGCUCUAAUCGCGAAGGAGAAGGAGCGGGAGGAGGUCGAACGCAGAAGGAAUAUGACUGCUGAGGAGCGGGAAGCUGCCGAUCGGGAGUACAUUGCCGCGCAGGAAGAGGAGAGGGAAGGCAAAGGCAAGAUGGGAUUCAUGCAAAAGUACUUUCACAAGGGAGCCUUCUUCAACGAGGACAACGAGGAGAUGGACGAGGAGGUCCGCGAGGCUUUGAACAGAGAUACGGCAGGGAGGAAGUUUGUGGAUGAUACAGGAGACAAGGCGGUCCUGCCUGAGUACAUGCGUAUUAGGGAUAUGACGAGAUUGGGCAAGAAGGGCAGGACGAGGUAUAAGGAUCUGAAGAGCGAAGACACCGGGAAAUGGGGAGAGGCGGGUGGCAGGAGGAAGGGUGACUUCGAUGGGUUGGAUGAGAGGUUCAGGCCGGACGAGAGAGCGGGAGGUGAGAGGACGGGAGCGAAUGAUGUUCCUGUGGGAGAGAGGCGGCGGCGAGAGGACGACGGAGGGAGGAACGGUGAGGGCAAGAGGCCGAGAUAUGAUUGA